UAUGAGUUCCAUUAGUAUAUUUUAUCUUUUUCUUAAUAUAUAUAAAACAUGUAUCAGGUAAUUAUAAUGACAUUAUAAAUAAAAAAUAAGAGUUGACAAAAUCAAUUAGAAUAUAUCAAUCUAAAGAUGCUUCAAAGGAUUAAACAUGGACUAGUUCAUGGACAGCUCUCUUAACAAUUGGUUUCCCACUUACAAAACUUGUGGUAUGAGGCAAGUCAUAGCAAUGAUUCUUCUCGUGUCCAAACCAUGGCCUUCAAAUGGAGUCCAUUGCAAUGUUGGUUUUAGUGUGCUUUUUGUUAUCAUCAAUCUUUCAAAUCACAAAUGGAGCAGACAAAAUUACUGCAACUCAAUCAAUUAAAGAAGGAAGCUCUAUAGUCUCAGCUGGUGGAAGCUUUGAGCUUGGAUUCUUUAGCCCCAAAAACUCAAAAAACAGGUAUUUAGGAAUAUGGUAUAAGAAAAUAGCUUCUGGGACAGUGGUUUGGGUUGCCAACAAAGACACCCCUCUCAAUGAUUCAUCUGGAAUCUUUCAACUUUCUGGUAAUGGAAUUCUAUCCCUUCUCUAUGAUGGCAACAAAACUGUAUGGUCUUCUAAUUCGACGAAACAAGGAACUAACCCUGUUGCUCAGCUUUUAGAUACAGGAAAUUUUGUAGUGAGAAAUGAUGAUGAAAAAAAAGUAGGGAAAUAUAUAUGGCAAAGCUUUGACUAUCCAGGGAAUACACUUCUUCCAGGCAUGAAGUAUGGAAUUAGCAUGGUAACAGGCAUAAAUCGAGGAUUGACUUCAUGGAAGAGUGAUAAUGAUCCUUCUGAUGGUGAGUUCACAAACAUACUUGAUCCCAAUGGUGUACCACAGUUUUAUCUGAGAAAAGGAUCAGUAAUAAGGUUCAGGUCUGGACCAUGGAAUGGCCUUAGAUUCAGUGGUAUGCCCAACUUGAAACCAAAUCCCAUAUACACAUAUGACUUUGUUUGCAAUGAGAAGGAGAUUUAUUACACAUACAAACUUAUCAGCAACUCAGUUGUAUCAAGGCUUGUGUUGGAUCUCAAUGGACAUCUUCAAAGGUUCACUUGGAUUGACAGAACAAAGGGUUGGAAUUUCUACUUGAGUGCACAGAUGGAUGAUUGUGAUAGGUAUGCAACAUGUGGUCCCUAUGGUACUUGCAAUAUCAACAACUCACCUGCCUGUGGCUGCUUGGAGGGAUUCGUGCCUAAGUCCAAGGAAGACUAUAACUCUGGAGAUUGGUCGCAUGGAUGUGAAAGAAAAACAUCAUUGGGCUGCAUUGAAGGAGAGGGUUUUAGAAAAUAUUCCAGCAUUAAAUUGCCUGACACAGUCUUUUCCUGGUACAACAUGACCAUGGACCUCAAAGAAUGUGAGCAGAAAUGCUUGAAAAAUUGCUCUUGUACAGCUUAUGCUAAUAUGGACAUAAGAAAUGGAGGAAGUGGUUGCAUACUUUGGUUCAAAGAACUGAUAGAUAUUAGACAAUAUGCUGAUUCUGGUCAAGACAUUUAUAUUAGAAUGGCUUCCUCUGACUUGGAAGAAUAUAGAAGUUCAAAGGGAAAAACAGAAAUUAUGUAUAUAGCAUUACCAGUAGUAGCUCUAGUAGUGGCUCUCAUAGGUCUGUCCAUAUUAUGGUACUAUCUCUUGAAGAAGAGACAAACUCCGGAGCUUAAGAGAGAUGGCACUUCAAUUUCAAUGCAUAACCGAGAACAGGACUUCAUUGAUGAAAACCCAGAUGGAGAGUUAGAUCUACCAUUUUUUAGUUUUGAUGUAAUAGCAGAAGCUACUAACGAUUUUUCUAUUGACAAUAAGCUUGGACAAGGUGGUUUCGGACCAGUCUACAAGGGAACAUUGAAAGAUGGGCAAGAAAUUGCUGUGAAGAGACUCUCAAAAAGUUCAAGACAAGGAUUGGAUGAGCUGAAGAAUGAAGUUUUCUGCAUUGCCAAACUUCAACACCGCAACCUCGUGAGGCUAUUAGGAUGUUGCAUUGAAGCUGAGGAUUUGAUGCUGAUAUAUGAAUACAUGCACAAUAAAAGCUUGAAUUGCUUCAUAUUUGAUGAAAAACAAAGUACACUUCUAGAUUGGGCAAAACGUUUCCACAUCAUCAAUGGUAUUGCUCGGGGUUUACUUUAUCUUCAUGAAGAUUCUAGAUUGAGAAUUGUUCAUAGAGAUCUCAAAGCGAGUAAUGUCUUACUCGACCAUGAAAUGAAUCCCAAAAUUUCAGAUUUUGGCAUGGCAAGAGGAUUUGGUGGAGAUGAAACUGAAGCAAAUACGAAAAGAGUAGUUGGAACAUAUGGUUACAUGUCGCCAGAGUACACAAUCGACGGCAUCUUCUCUUUGAAAUCUGAUGUCUUUAGUUUCGGCGUGUUGGUUCUUGAGAUAGUGAGUGGAAGGAAAAACAGAGGAUUUCGCCACCCCAAACACAAGCUCAACCUAUUAGGACAUGCAUGGAUAUUAUACAAAGAAGGGAAAAGUUUGGAACUUGUUAUUGAUAGAUUGCAUGAGGAGUCAUGUAACAUACCCCAAGUAUUGAGAUCAAUUCAGGUGGCUUUGUUAUGUGUUCAAAAUAAUCCACAAGAUAGGCCAAAUAUGUCAUAUGUGGUUUUGAUGCUGAGUAGUGACAUUCCAUUGGAAGAACCGAAAGAGCCUGGUUUCUUCACUAAUAGGGAUCUAAUUGAUUCAGAUUCUAUGUCGACUAUUCGUGAAAAAUCUACUACACUCAACAGACUAACUAUUACAAUGCUAGAAGCUCGAUAAAAAAAGAUUUAGUUCAAGUCAUUGGAAUUGUUGAUUGUAAAUUUUAUUCUACAGCUUACAUAAAUCGAAAGAUGAAUUAUUGAUUGAUAAAAAAUUUUACAUGUUGCACCGUUCUUUUUCA